CUAUUUUUCGCUAUCGGCUCUUGCAUCUUGCGGCAAAGCGCUGCAAUCUAUCUCCCCCCCACCCCCCUCCUCCCCUUCCUUUCAAAAUUCCUACCCUCUUUUCCGCCGACUCACAGUAUUAUAUUUGUUGACGUGGCCCAUUGGCCGACUAACUGUCGUUUAAUUUCUUUUUAAUUAUUUUUUUUGUCUGUUGUUUUUGGCUGAGGGGGGGGUUUCUGAGGGCCAUUUCUCACGACUAAGAUGUGUGCCAGACUUUAAAAAAAAACAUAAAUAAAUCUGACCCGUCAAUACGGAGAAGAUCACGGCAAAGACUUGAGAGAGUGCUUUACUCAUCAGCCGGCCAAAGGAAACGUGGCCCUGCUUUGCUCAGAUUUGCUCAGGCAUGGUUUCGCUCGUAUGCAUCACAGUGCGCACUCACACACUAGUAGCUCUAUAUCUUAAAUGUAGCUGACCGCAUUUACGGCCGGAUGUGGAUGCAUCUGACCACAAUCACAUCCAGAAAUAAGUGAAAAAGUCCUAGUAGUGCGAGUAUGCAUCGCAGUGCGGCUGUCUCCGUCGUACCGACAAACACUGGCACAGCAUUGUCAAUUCUGGAAGGCCAUGAUACUUGUUUUUGUUGUUGUUCUUUCUUUCAAGGCAAUGAUACUAGGGGACUGGCAGAGGCACGAACGAGCGAAAGGCUGGUGAGCCUCUGCCCUCUAUAUCUUUUUUUUGCCGUUGAGGACUCUUGCCUGCUUCAUCUUCUCUUGCCCCCCAAUUCUAACUCCUUCCUUUUGCCCCUCAUCGCAAUGAUUGCCUAAUUCCAUCAUGAUCUUCUAAAGGCCCCGCUUGUCAGAUCUGUCAAGUUGGAUUGAUCUGCGUAAUUAGUCAGCUCCAAUGAUUGCCGCCUAUGCAUUGAUUGACGCUCCAGCUGAUUACAACAGCAGCGCAGCGGAUGAGAGGGGUGGGAAUCGGACCAGUUGUGUGACAGAGAGAGAUGGACGUGACAGCGGGUUUGAGGGUGGUACUGCACAGGGGAACGGCAACGGCAUCGCCAUUAUCCCGUGGAGGAGGAUGUCUGGCUGCGAGUGCGACGACACCCAUCACAACCUCCUCCCCCUCCUGUUCAUCUGCCACAGGAAUGAAGAUACAACAGGGCGUUGGUAACAGCUCUCUCCCAACUACUGGUUUCGGCAAUCGGCGUAAAGACCAAGUUGGUUUCUGCCAUGGCCUCGUUCUUCGUCCAUAUCAUUCUUCUCCAUGCAACAGAGGCGGGGAGAAGAUGAAGUCCCUUACCACGACCGCUUCUGCCCUCCCAUCCGGUCCCGAGGUCGCAGCUAUGGCCGUCGCCGCGGCCGUUGCGGUGCCAGUCUGCUGGCUGUACUUCGCACGUACGGGCAAGGGGCACUCAGAACCCACUACCUCUACCCCCUCCGUAGCACCUUCCACACACAUGCUGGCCGCUUCGUCCGCAGUUGCAGGCGGGAAUGCCAAUGCCAACGUCCUAAACAGGAUUACUGACAAAGUAGAUGGGCGGGAAGAACGAGCUAUGGCGGGAAAGAGAACAGAGGUGCUUGCGCUCUCAGCUAACAUGGACUCGUCGUCAUCGUCGUCACAUCAUCAUCACAGUGCGACGGUUGGGUCCCUUUCUACGGAACCGACGGUUUCUGCGGCCUACGUGGCAGUUGCAGAGGGAGGAGACACGUGCUCGUCGCCACUGUGCGCCACGUGGCUGACGCUGGGACAGAACUCGGCGCAGGAUCUUUCCCUUGUGGACGCGGCAGGAGAGGUUCGCACUCACGUGGUCACCCAUACUGUCGACGCGGCAACAGAUCUGCAUGUAGCCGUCCAAGGAACGCUAGCGAGCUUCGUCGGGGACGGGCGACCGGUCCUUCUAGAAGCCUGGAUCAGUGAGCUUGAGGGAGAGGGGACCACCCCAAGCCCAAGUGAUGGGGCUGUAAGCAAUCCAGCAGCGGAUGGUGUGCAUGCGGGGAAGGGCGUUGACUUCGACUUUCCCCAGCAGGAGGAACAGGAGGACGAAGCUGAAGGCAACGGCGAGGAGGAGGAAACGGCCAGUUCUUCACCUUCCUCCCUCUCCCUCUUCUCCUCCCAACUCUCUUCUCCGUCCACGUCCAGGUCCUCCUCUCCCUCUCACUCUGACUUUGCUGACCAAGGCCACGUUGCUGGCCAAGGCCAAGGCCAAGGCCAUGCUAUUGAAGGCUCGAAUUGGCACUCGCCGAAUGGAGGCCUGGCUGAACAUUACGACGGCAUAAUGUCGCCCAACGAUAGGCCCCUUAACCAACCGGUAGCGGUAAACGGCAAGAGAGUUGUCGUUAAUGGCUUUCAAGUUGACGUCAGUCGUGAUGAACAUGGUGUCGGGCGAGUAAUGGCUGAGGAGGAGGAGGAUACGACUUCAUCCGAGUUCAGCAGCGGCACCUCAACCACCGGCCGACCGGUCGCUGAUCACAUAUUAGAUAGUGGGGUUGGAUCAAUCUUAGAGAAUGCGGACGACUCCGGGGAAUUAAGCAGCAGUGCGAGGAGAGGCGAGGAGGAGGGGGCACGGGGCCAGAGAGGGAAUAUGACUCGUAGCGCCAGCGUGUCACUGCCGGAUGCCGGAUCGCGAGCCACAGCGGAGGAGCAGAGGUCCUCUCAUUUGGACGAAGAGGGUAGGUGGGUUAGCGGGUCGAGGGAGGGAGAGUUAAAGGAAGAGCUAGGGGAAGAGGAAGAAAGACAAGCCGGAAGAAGAGGGCACAGGGCGGAGGAAGGGGAAGGGGAAAGGGAGGGGACUAGCACCGCGAGAGAAGAGGGAACUCAAAGCUAUCGUGUUGAUGGCCGCCAGAAGCAGGAGAAGAAUGGGAAGACGACAACUUUGCGAACCGCCAAUGAUUCCGACGAUGGCCACGUGCAAGAGGAGGGAAGGGCUAAGCAGGCAACCCGGACCCCAACCGGAACCCGAAUCCGGACCCGGACAGCAGGUAAUGAGCUGCCGAUGAUGGAGGUGACCAGCAGCAGCAGCAGCAGCAGCAAGGUCAUGGAUGCGGAAAUCGAUGCACCAGUGAUUAACACAAAGGAUGACGAUGAUGCAGGAGUGCCGACCUCCUCCUCCUCCUCCUCCUCUGACGCGUACUCCGGUCCUGCUUUGCCGUCUUCGUCUCAAUCGUCAAUGCCGGAUUCAGCGUCUCUCGCCCGAGGAGUAGUAGUUGCCUCGACUCUGGUUGAGCAUCGAGUGUGGUCGGUCGACGCUCGGCAGUCGGGUCGGGGUAUGGAGGCGACAGUGGGUGUGGUGUAUGAUGAGGAGGAGAAAUUGGAAGACUACAACAGACUCAGGAAGAAAGGCAGGCUGACGGAGGCCGUGGCGGUUCUAGAAGAGAUAAGACGCGAGGCACCGGACAGCGUGGUCUUCACCAACAUCAGCGUGCAGGGUGGCAACCGGAAGGUAUCACACAAGGCAUUCUUACUGGAGUGCAAGAAGAAGAAGGCCGUCUCCGAGGCUCUCCGAUUCGUGAGGCUGCUCAAAAAGCCGCCUUUGCAAGUUUUCAGCCUGGCCUUGUCGGUGUGCGCAGCGGCCGCAGACGUGGACAACGCUCUCAAAGUGUUUGCAGACGCUGUACGGGCCGAGCACCGUCCCGAUUGCAUUCUGUAUACCGCUCUGAUCAGCACGUGUGCCAAGGCAGGCCGACUGGAGCUGGCCUUCAAGAUUUACCACGAGAUGGAGGGGGCAGGUCUGGAUCCCAAUGUGAAGACGUAUGGAGCGUUGAUAGACGGGUGCGCGCGGGCGGGACAGAUGACCAAGGCGUUCGGCGUGUAUGGAAUCAUACAGACCAAGGGUUUGAACCCUGACCGUGUGGUCUUCAACACGUUGAUAAACGCGUGCAGUCGAGCGGGCGCUGUGGACCGCGCCUUCGAAGUGCACGAGGACAUGAAGGUGGCGGGAAUCGAGGCGAAUGCGGUCACCCUGGGGACGUUGAUGGACGCCUGCGCGCGAGUGGGGGAUUUGCAGCGGGCCCUGCAAGUCUACAAAUGGAUGAGGCAGGGGGGGGAGCGCAUGCGCGCCACGUGUCGCGCGUUCACGACCGCGGUGCAUGCAUGCAGCGCGAGCGGGGAUCUUCGCCAGGCGCUGUCCAUUUACAACGACAUGAAGAGGGCCGGGGUCCGUCCCGACCAGGUCUUCUUCAGCGCCCUGAUCGACGUGGCUGGGCACGCCGGCGAGCUCGACGUCGCAUUCGGAUUUCUCGAGGACAUGCAGCGAAUGGGUCUCCAGGCCGACGCCGUCGUCAACAGCGCGCUGAUGGGCGUUUGCGCAAGGGCGGCCCGGGGGGAGGGCGGGGAGGGGGGGGAGGUUGGGCGCGAGCGCGGGCUCGCGCUCUACGCCAAGCUGAAGGCUGAUGGGGUGACCUGUUCCACCUCCACCUUCAACUCUCUCAUCAAGCUUCACGGGACCGCCGGCAACUUGGAUAUGGCGGUCGCCACCCUGGAGGAGAUGAGGGCAAGUGGUGUCCAGCCUAACCAGAUCACGUACGACUUGCUGCUCUCCGCCUGUGCCCGGCAAGGAGAGGCGGAUCGCGCCUUUGCCCUGUACGCCGCAGCACGAUCGGAGGGUAUCCGCCCUUUCCUCUCCGCCUGCGCGGAUCUGAUCAGCCUGACGCUCAUGCAGAUCAGGAAAGGCGCGCCUCCGCCCAAGUCCGGCACGUUUUCGCUGGGGCAGACGUCUUGGGACGCGUCGGAGAAGCCAGCUCAUCAACAGUGGGCGGCACGAUCGCUCGCUGUGUACAGGGAGACCUUGGCGGCCGGCGUCACGCCCACCAAGCCUGUGCUGUCCAUGCUCAUGGGCUGUGUUAAGAUCCCCGACAGUCCCUAUUGUGCGACAUGGGGUCUGAGCGAAGGGAUGCUGGGUGACACCCCGGCUGACCAGCAGAGGUACUACGCUUUGAACGGCUUCCCCACCAUAUCCACGCCUGAAACAUCGACUGCCCACCGCAUCAACAAGCGGAGCAAUCGUCGCAAUCGACCCGCGCAGGGAAGCUCAGGAGGUGAUGGCCUGGGCCUCUAUGAUCGGAAGGCGGUGUCUUUGUACGAAGAAGCUGCGGCGAUGGGACUCGUCCCUCAGUUCUCCUGCUUAACCGGGUCCAUCGUGGUGGACAUGACUGAUAUGCCGGCCCAUCUGGCUGAGGUUUGUGUGCUCGCUCUGCUCAAAUCCUGCAGGAGAAGACGAACAUCCGGGCUAGACUCCGGGGGUGUAAAGACCGUGACCUUGCAGCUGGCCGUAGAGAACAGGAGCAGUGUGGUGGGAGGGAAGAACACGACAGUUCGUAUUGCCGGCCGGAGCGCCCAGGCCGUCACAGCUCUGCUGCGCAAGCUCCAUCUGUCCUUCCAAGGAUCGGCGAGUACCGGGACCAUUCGGCUGAAUGGUGGGACCAUCAUGAGGUGGCUGGACCCAAACAAGGACCAGGUACGGUCAGCAGCCGGGUACCAAGUACCAGGGUUCAGGGCCUACGACCCGGGGAACCCCUACACGCGCCUGGCAAAGAGCAUAACUGACCAGCAGAGGGCAAUCCGACUAGGGGAGAUCCCACCUUACUCGCCCGAGGUAGACUUUCUAGGAGGGGGGAAUGUGAAAACCGGUAGGGGGAGAGGGGGAUGGGAAUCGUUGAAAAGUAGAUCUUACAGAGGUAUGUCGAAGAAAAGAGCACCUCCCCCCAGUCGUCACACUUGGAGCGAUGGAGAGGCAGAGAGACGGAUUUCCGACCUCUGGAAGAACGGUCCAUCAGACGACGAGGACACUGAUCGUUACGACUCCGGUUACUGGAGUCAUUAAUCAUUUUAUUUAUUAACACGUGGGGGCUACUGUAGGGUAAGGGGGCGACAGGUAGGGGGGGUUGGGGUGAGUAAGGGGAUGGAAUCGAAAGGGAGAUGAGGGCUUGCGGUGGGGAGCGGGGUGGACAGGGAAGAGCCGGUUCCCUUGCCGUAGCGGGACCAACAGGAUGAGGCUGAAGAGGGCGGGAUAGGUCCCUCCCUCCCUCUCUCCCUCCCUCCCUCCCUCCCUCAUCUUCUCGUUGUUGUUGCUGUUACUACUGUAAUUAGGGGUUUAGCAGGUCCUCUAUCGCUUGUAUUAGAGAAUUAUGUUUUCCGAGUUUCCAAAACCGACGA